CAGGGGGAGACGCCCCCAAGGCGUACAGAGGCUCACAUGUGGAUCCCUGCCGCGUUUCUCUGACAGGCAUGCUGAUGGCCACAGUCGUGACACGCACCCUUUGAUCCACCAUCAGAGAGUGCCUGGGGCCGAAAAUCCUUCCUUCAUAAGGCCAUCCCACCGCGCUCCAAUGGUUCUGGACUGUCCUGCUUGCCGCCCUCACUCUUUUCAUUUUCCUUGAAAUACUAACCCGGCUGCUCUCUCAUAAGUUGUACUACUCCUUCGUUUUCACACUCAGCUGCUGGGCAGUUUACUUUUUAAAAACUCAUCCCUCAGCUUUCUAAUUCCCCAGAAUGGUCGACAAGACUCUUAGACCCAAGCAGGUUGAAAUUCAAGAUGGCAGAGCCAGCACGAAUAGUGCUAAUCGAGGACCGCGCUCUCCAGUAACAUGGCAGCAGCCACUGCGGAUGCGGACGCGGAAGCAAACUGGUGGGAGCGUGGACAUCGACGACUACUUCGUUGGACCCCGCGACAUAAACAAACAUAGCAAAUGGCCCUUCUUCAUGCGAAUGCAUGGUUCCGUCCUCCCAAAAAUGCUGCUCCCGGUCUUCAUCGUCACCUUGUGGUCUACACUUAUCACCUGCCUCUCCAAAUUCGUCUAUCCGCUCAAGGUAUCGAGCCUGCUGCUCACGGUGCUGGGUUUCGUUGUCGGUAUGGCUAUCAGCUUCCGGACUUCCACCGCCUACGAACGAUACGCUGAGGGCCGAAAGUACUGGGGUCAAUUGACGUUUGUGGGACAAAAUCUGGCGCGGACCAUUUGGAUCCACAGCAAGGAGCGUGAGGGUGAUCUGGGCAAGGAGGAUUUGCUCGCCAAGCUUACUGGUCUAAAUCUGAUCAAUGCCUUUGCCAACGCCAUGAAGCACAAGCUCCGCUACGAGCCCGGCAUCCAGUACGAUGACAUGCACGGCCUCGUCGCAUACCUCGACACCUUCGCCAAAGUCGCAGAACCCCACAUCGCGAAGCCAGGCAAGAAGUCCCCCUGGAAGAGCGUCGGCGAGUACCUCGGCGUGUCGUUCGCAGAAUCCAAUCCUCGAAAACUCAUCAAGAAGAGCAAAAAGCCGCUCGGCAACCUCCCCGUCGAAAUCAUCACCUACCUCUCCUCCUACGUCGAUGGCCUCAUCGCAAACGGCAAUCUCUCCGUCCCGAUCUACCAAACGCAAGCCGUCAACUCCGUCGUCGCUCUGAACGAAGUCCUCGUCGGCACCGAACGCGUCCUGCAAACCCCACUCCCGAUCGCCUACUCCAUCGCCGUCUCCCAAAUCACGUGGGUCUACAUCAUGGUGCUGCCCUUCCAGCUGUGGGACUCGCUGCGCUGGGUGACGAUCCCGGGCACCGUCUUCGCGGCUUACAUCAUCCUCGGCAUCGCCGCCAUCGGCCGCGAGAUCGAGAACCCCUUCGGCAUGGACGUCAACGACCUGCCACUGGACGCGUACUGCGAGGAGCUCGCGGCGGAUAUCGAUAUCAUCACCAGUGCGCCGAAGCCGGAUAGUAAAAACUGGAUCGCCAAUGCGGAGAAUCUGGUGCUCUUCCCGUUGAGUAUUAAGGGGUAUGAUGAGUGGGUGCAGAGGAGUAAGGGGGAGAUUAGGGAGGCGCUGAUGACGAAGACGAGGGCGGAUAUGGCGGUGCGGAGGAGUAUGCAGCAGCCAAGAUUGAGCCAGAGUGACACGGAGGGUGAUGAGGAGGAGAAGGACAAGAAGCACACGGUGCCUGAGAGUCACGUCUAGCCCGCGACGAAUUGGCCGACGGGGCGCCUCAGGACGGGAAAAUUGACUAGGGACGUUGUAAGAUUUGGUGAGCGUUGUUUUUUGAUUUCCUCUUGCAUGGUUGCGGGAGCGUGGAAGGUGUCUGAGCAAUCAGCGCAGGGAUUCCUACAAAAAUGGUAGUGCUUGCUAGCGAAAAUAGGCCCGGAAUAAAAGCCUCUGUUUGGUAUACAAUUCCAUCGCCGCAGCCUGGUCGAGUUCCAAAUACCGAUAUACAAUAUAUGUAUCUUACCCAUAUCCCUUUUAGUGCAUCUAAACUCCAAAUUUGCGCCAUGCCAUCACAAACACCCACGCACCCACCCCACUUCUCAAUCCCUCGCCUGAUACCUCUCCCGAUACUCUUGCAACCGCCUCAAAUCCUCCUCGCCCCCCAGCCCCCUCAGAAACUCCACCACAUCGUCCAAACUUAG